GCUGGCGGGACAUUCAAAAUCCCGCAGUAAAAGUCUGUGAGUGUUUUAUGUGUGCUUUAAUAUUUAUAAAACAAAGUAAUACAAACGAAAUGGAUUGUUUGAAUGUGGCAAAGAUUUUACCCAAUUCCCCACGGAAAAUUAGAGGACAAAUCCAGGUUAUUUUCGGACCAAUGUUUUCAGGAAAAAGCACUGAAUUGAUGCGUCGUGUCCGCCGAUUCCAGGUGGCUCAAUAUUCCUGUUUGGUCAUUAAAUACGCCAAAGACACUCGAUACUCUCAGACGGGAAUGGCUACACAUGACAUGAACACAAUGGAGGCCGCUCCAGCAAACUGUCUGAGUGACAUCAAAUCUCUGGCUCUGCAGGCAUGUGUCAUCGGCAUCGAUGAGGGACAGUUUUUCCCUGACACAGUUGAGUUCUGUGAGGAAAUGGCCAACAUGGGAAAAACCGUCAUUGUCGCAGCACUUGAUGGCACCUUCCAGAGAAAGCCCUUUGGUAACAUCCUGAAUCUGGUGCCUCUUGCGGAGAGUGUCGUCAAACUAAAUGCCGUCUGCAUGCAGUGCUUCAAAGAAGCCGCUUAUACCAAAAGACUCGGAGCAGAGAAAGAGGUGGAGGUGAUCGGUGGCAGUGAUAAAUAUCACGCUGUGUGUCGGGGGUGUUACGGGGGUCUAAUGGACUAUAAAGAGAACUGUGACCUGCAGAGUGAGGAAACGCCCCCUCACAUGAUGACAGGAAAACCACUGGACCGAAACGCUCCACGCAAACUCUUUGCCUCUCUCCACCUGUGAAAAUACUCACGAGCGUUACAUCAGAACUGUAUUAUGACAACAUGUGGUGUUGUAUUAUGAUAUAAUAUGCUGUGUGUGUGAGUACUUUUUAAUCCUAAUUUAUAUUUAGUCAAGCAAAUUAUUUGGAAGUGCAUGUCUAGCUUUAGUAUCAAAUAUUGAAGGGGUUUUCUUUUUUCAGUCAUCUUAAUUUUAAAUUUGAUUUUAAUCAAACUAAUUUGUUUCAAAACAACCAGCUAUCACUAUAAACACACUGCCAUCAAACAGUUAUGUAUUAUUGUGUAUCAUAAUGUACAAAUAUCACUAAGUGAAUAUAAUUUG